AAACAAUCAUAAACAAUUGAAAAGUGGUGGGGAAAGUUAGUGUAUCUGAAAUCAUGGCGUCUUAUGUUUUUGUUUGGAAGUAUUUUUUGUGUUUUCAGUGAUUUUUAGUGAAUAAAUAGUUAAAAUGAGUGCCUGGGAAAACGUGGAAGAACAAUAUAGUUAUGGGAUAGUUAUAUACAAUUUUAAAGAAGAAGGCGAGCUAAAACUGAACCUGCUCGUCGGCGAAACCGUCCACAUCCUAUUGGAAGAAACCGGCUGGUACUACGGCUACGUGACAACUAAUCACAAUGAAAAGGGCAUCUUCCCCAAAAGCUACGUCCACAUAAAACCAUGCAUAUCGGUCGACACGAAAGGCCCCACUCCCAACUUUAUUUUUCACGAACCCCCCAUUACUCACGAAAUAUCAUCGGUACUCAGAGAAUGGGGGGUUCACUGGAAGACACUAUACGUUGAUCAAAGUAACAAAUUCGAAGAAAUCAAGAAUAAAAUCUACGAUUUGUUGACUCAAAGGAGUAAAAUAUUAAGCGGUACUUUGCCUAUAGAUGAGCUAAAAAGAGUUACGAAAGAAGCAACAGAAGCCAUAGAUGAGGGUAAUAAAACCCUGGGGUUAGAUUUGGUUGUUCGUGAUAAAGAAGGCAACAUUAUAAACCCUGAUGAAACUAGUACCCUUCAGUUAUUUUACCACCACAAAAAAGCCACGGAACGAAUGAGUUCGCGUUCCAAAGUGCGAGAAAAUAUUGAAGUUAAAGAUGAACCGCCAAAGACUGCCAUACAACAGUAUUCAAAUAUUUUUUUGGUGACAGUGAGAAAUUUUACUUUUAAGUUGAGCGAAGACGCCGAAUUAUUAAUGAUGUUAUAUGAUGGUAUUCAAUGUAGGCCGUUUACUGAAAAUUAUGUUGUUAGAUGGAAUAAGGAAGGACUGAUGAGCGAUUUGGACCAAAUGUACAAUUUAAGAGUUAUGUUUACAGAUCUUGGUAAGAAAGAUUUGGAACGCGAAAAAAUAUUUUUUGUGUGUCAGGUGAUACGCGUAGGGGCAAUGGACGCUAAAGAAACGGAUUUAAGGCGAACAUCUGUCAGCGUGUUAAAUAAAAGUGUAAAAAACUACAGCGACAAUAUGCGCAGACCUUUGGGGGUAGCUGCGAUGGACAUCACGGCCUAUAUGAGCGGUAAAUUGGAUUCCAAUUUGGAGCAGGAGUUUCCUGUUCCUUUUAUUAGUUGUGACAAAGAUAAUUUAGAACAAACCCUUAGAAAGAUAAUAAACAAAAGUAGUUUAGAUAGUAAAAAUCACCAUCUCUAUGUUAGUUGGAAACUGCUACGUGGUGACUUACGACAGGUUCGCGAAGAAAAUGCCCAUUUAGUAUUAGGCAAUGUGUCGAUAUCCAGAAAAAUGGGAUUUCCCGAAGUGAUAUUACCCGGUGACGUCAGAAACGAUUUGUAUUUGACGAUUGUUGGUGGUGAAUUUAAUAAGGGAAACAAAUCAAGUGACAAAAAUGUCGAGGUUACUGUUAAAGUUUGUAACAGUUCAGGAAAACCAAUACCAGGUGUUAUAAGCGUUGGUGGUGGUAUUUCAAACAUAAACGAGUACCGUUCUGUAAUUUAUUACCACGAGGACAAACCCCAGUGGUAUGAAACCUUUAAAGUGGCAAUACCCAUAGAAGAGUUUAAAACUAGUCAUAUAAAAUUCAUAUUCAAACACCGUUCUUCCAAUGAAGCAAAAGACAAAAACGAAAAACCUUUCGCCAUGGCCUAUGUAACCCUAAUGCAAGAAAAUGGUACAACUUUAAAAGACUCCAAACACGAUUUGGUGGUGUACAAAAUUGAUCACAAAAAAUGGACUGAGGAUUCAAUGGAGUAUUUCCAAAUGCCUCCAAAAUUGGAGAACAUUAAAAACCCAAAAUUAACUAACGGUGGCCUUAGUUUGAACCUUAAAGAUUCCUUCUCCAUCUACAGCAACAUUUGCUCUACAAAGUUAACUCAAAACGUAGAUCUACUUGGUUUACUGAAUUGGUCUGCAAACAAAGAUACAUUACGAGACUCUCUAACAGCCCUUAUGAAAGUGGAUGGAGAGGAAGUGGUAAAAUUCUUACAAGAUAUUCUUGAUGCCUUAUUUAACAUAAUAAUGGAGAAUCAAAAGACUGACGAAUACGACACCCUUGUUUUUGAGUGUCUUCUACAUAUCAUUAGCUUGGUAGGAAAUUGGAAAUAUCAGCAUUUUGAACCUGUUUUGGAUUUGUACAUUGAAGAGAGUUUUAGUGCAACCUUAGCUUACAAAAAACUAAUAGGCGUUUUAAAGAGUAUAGUGGAUCAAAGCAACUGGAAAGAUCACAAUAAAGAUCUAAUAUUUAAAACGAUGCGUUCUAUACAGUAUGUUAUGCGUUUUACGUCCAGGUCGAGAAUUUUAUACCAAAAUUUGAACCCUGAAAUAAUAGAGGACAAUUUUAAUGAGGAUCUGGAUUUGUUGUUGCGCGACAUUAUAAAAAUGAUGAAAUCGACUAGAGAUGACUUAUUGAGGGAACAGGGUGCUGUUCUUAAAUAUUUUCCUUCCACAAUACCUGAUAUUCUGUUGAUAUACUCAUCAACUGACUUAAGUAAACUUCUUUGUGAGAUGUUUACCAGCGUGACGAAAGGCAGACUCACAAAGCAAAAAAUGAUGUCAAUCAACGACAUAGUGCAUAGUAAAUUGUUCUUGUAUCCCGAAUGUCGCCAAAUAUUAUUGCCGAAGAUAACCGAACAGGUUCGAGAUCUGUUUCAGAUCAAAGACGAGGGUGUUGCGACGGGACAAGAUGGCAGGAGGCAAAACAGAUCGGUGGCCAAAGUGGCUCAGCUGCUCGGGACGACUGCGCACUGCGUGAACCAACAUGUCGGAUAUUCGGAAGAGGUUGAACUUUGUAUAAAAAUAAUGAGUGAUAUUAUGGAGCUACUGUUUAGAAAGGAUAUUGGACCGACCACAAAUGACUUGCAUGAAAUAAUAAAAACCGAUUUAAGAACGAUUAUACAGAGCCACAUUAAAAUGGAAAAAGAUAAUCCACAUGGGGGCAACCUGGUGGCCGUAAUGAUCGACCUCUUCCGUCAAAUGACCGAAGACCACUACAGCGAGUACGUCAACAGUUUCACAACCUCCUACGAUAUACUCGACUUUCUAAUGGAGAUCUUAGUCGUAUUUAAAGAGCUCGUGAACAACUCGAUCUUUCCUGAGGACUGGUCGGAGAUGAUCAUGCUGCAAAACAGUAUUAUUUUAAAGUCUCUGAGGUUCUUUUCGCACACGAUCAGAGAUCGCUUCUUCCAAAAGUUCGAGCACGAUGCGUGGAAUAACUUUUUCCACUGCGCGAUCGCGUUCAUGACGCAAAAAGCUUUGCAAUUGGAGAGGUUCUCGUACAGCAAAAGAGCGAGAAUUAUCAAUAGGUACAAUGAUAUGAGGAGAGAGACUGGGUUCGAAAUAAGAUCUAUGUGGUUCAAUUUAGGUCAAAACAAGAUACAGUUUGUCCCAGCUUUGGUAGAACUUAUCCUUGAAAUGACUUUAAUCCCAGAGACAGAGCUAAGAAAAGCAACAAUUCCAAUAUUCUUUGACAUGAUGCAAUGCGAAUAUUACUCCUCCAAAUACGAAAUCGAAAGUUUUGGCGACACAAAACGCGAUUCUUCGCACAUAAAAGGUUCUUUCAGCGACUUUGAAAAGCAAAUGAUUCACAAGUUGGACACUUUAUUUGGUGUUAGGGGUGAUGCAAAUUAUAUGCAACUAUUCCACGAGAUUAUGAUUCAUCAUUGCAAGCAACAUAUGACGUUGUGUGAAGAAGGAAUCAAGUUUGUCGAAAUUGUGACGAAAUUAAUGGAAAAUUUGUUGGAGUACAGAAAUAUUGUUGGUGAUGAGAACAAGGAGAAUACUAUGAGUUGUACUGUAAAUUUAUUGGAUUUCUAUGCAGAAAUAAACAAACGUGAAAUGUACAUAAAAUACCUAAACAAGUUGUAUGAGCUUCAUCUAGAUUGUGACAACUACACGGAGGCUGCGUUUACUUUAAUUGAACACACAAAAUUAUUGGAUUGGUCUUACGAAAAAUUGUCGACUUUGUUGUCAAAUUCAAAGUAUGACCAGUGCAAAACUCAUAGAGAGUUAAAGGAGACUCUAUACUAUAUUAUUAUUGACAAUUUCAAUCGAGGAAAGAUGUGGGAAUGUGCAAUAGACAAAUGCCAAGAACUAGCACAACAGUGCGAAAGCGAAACCUUUGACUACGAAAAACUUAGCGAACUCCACUUGAGAAUGUCGCGUUUCUAUGACAACAUAAUGAAGAACGUUCGGCCCGACCCCGAGUAUUUUCGAGUGGCUUAUUACGGCCUGGGAUUCCCCAAGUUCCUGCGCAAUAAAGUGUUCAUUUUCCGCGGAAAAGAGUACGAAAGGCUGGUCGAUUUUCACACGAGGAUUUCUAAUGUUUUUCCAAAAGCUGAGUCGUUAAAAUCCACUGGGACUCCCAGUGAAGGCAUCAAGAAUUCUGGAAAACAAUAUUUACAAGUAUGUAAAGUCGACCCAGUGAUGGACGAGAAGAAGCAACGAUUUUCAGGCAAACCGGUAUCCUAUCAAAUCGUGAGAUUCUACCGCGUUAACAAUAUACAAAAAUACACAUUUUCCCGGCCGUUCGUGAGAAAAAUUCCCGAAUUAAACUGCGAAAACGAAUUCGCAUCGCUAUGGUUGGAAAGAACCGAAAUAGAAACCACCUACCCUCUACCAGGUAUUCUUCGAUGGUUCCCCGUGAAACACGAAAAAGUUGAAGAAAUCUGCCCGCUGAGAAACGCCAUAGAAGCGAUGGAAAAAAACAACAGAGACCUAGCCAACUUCAUAACAAUGUACAACAAAGACAAAAACAUGGACAUAAAACCUCUGAGUUUAAAAUUGACUGGCAUCUUGGACGCGGCUGUUAUGGGCGGAAUUAAAAACUACGAGGAGGCGUUUUUCGUGUCAAACUAUCAGCAACUAUUUCCGGAAAACGAAAUACUUAUCAGAAAGUUAAAGGAUCUUAUCGCUGAUCAGAUACCGCUUUUGGAUUUGUGCGUUCAAAUACAUAGAAACAAGGCAUCAAAGGACAUUGAACUUCUUCACCAAAGACUCGAACAAUGUUUCCAAGAGAUGCAAGUUAAUGUUGAAGAGAAAUAUGGCAAAAAGACAUGUGAUUUGAAGCUGGAACAAGAAGUGCAGAUGCGUCGCCACUUUAGCAUCAGCGAAAACAAUCGAGGCAUCCUGGAAAUGCCGCUGACAAACGAUCACGUUGUUGGCGGUCGUAGCAGAGUGUCGAGUUUAACCAGAAGCCAAGUGGCCAACCUGAAACAUUUUACUUCCACAUUUAACUUUACCGCUUCUACGCCCAUGUUAAACAGUAAACACCAACACCACAAUUCUUCCAAAAGCCUUAUAACAUCACCGACAAAAAGUAUCGGACCGACGUCUCUAACGUACAAAAAGUCUUCCAAAACGCCCAAAGAUAAACGCAGGUCCAGCAGCAAAUCGGACAUCAGUUCGCCGCCCAUCAUAGCGAGCGCCACCCAGUGGUACACCGAAGAUACCAAGAGCAUAUCGAGCACGACGUUGUCAAAUGGCUCGCCUAUAAUCGAGUUAACAGAAGAGUUAUUACCAAAAAGACCCCUGAGAGCGGAAGUAGAAAAAGAAAAAAGAUUAAGUCGUCCCCCUAGCGGCCAAUUCUCGAGACCCAACAGCAUGUCAGUAACUAUCAGAGGAGCGAGCAGUUCGGGGAAUAGCAGUAAUAGGGAUUCAGUUGGUACCACUGACUCGAGUAUAAGCGAAGAAGACGCUAUUCCGCCGCCGUUGCCGGUUAAAAGUAGAGACGUGGAUUACAGCAACCUACCUUUGUCGCCGCCUUCGGAAAACGUCAGUUUCCUAUACUCGCAGAGGAACUCUGUGGCAACAAGGACUUCGAUGCAGAUCAACUGGCCUGAAGAGAAUAAUUGCAUGGAUUUGGAUGUGGAUGAACCGCCUCCCACCCCGCCACCGAAACCGCCAAAAAAGAACAAAAUUUAAUUUCGUUUAGUUCACAGAAUUAACGUGAUUUAGGAUUAGGCUUCUCGAUUAUUAAUUACAAUAGGGGCAUAAUGGACAUUUUAAUGUACAAUCAUUUAUUAUUGUGGCUUCGUACUGUUAAAAUUUUAUUUAUUGUUUUAUAUGUAUAUACAGAUUUUUAUAUUAAUGCCUUUAUGUAUUACAUUUACAUAUGUAAACAUAUGCAAUAUACCUCAAUAGGUGCUCAUAACAAUUAGGGCGUGUUUUUAAUCAAUGGCUAAUAACUAAUUCGCAAUCAAAGUUUAGGAUUAUAAAAACUAGUCUAGAAUGUAUCUACAUAUUUAGUAAAGUCAUGUUACCGUAAGUGCCAUUUUACCAUAUAUUUUGUAUUAUAAACUUCUAUAGGUUUUAACAUUUUUAACCAAAGAACAAUAUUUU